AAGAGAAAGGGAAAGCGGUGGCGCUUCCCCAGCCUGCUUGCCUCCCUCGGUGACCGAGCCGCUGCUGCUGCUGGGCUGCUGCCUGCGCCCGGAGGACCCGGCCGAGCGUGGACUCUUGCUGACGCCGCCGUCGCCGGGCGAGAUGAUGGCGGAGGGCGGCGGCCAGCGGCUCAAGGCGCUGUCCCUGCUGGAGGCGGCCCGCUGCCGCUACGAGAGCCUGCAGAUCUCCGACGACGUCUUCGGCGAGUCGGGCCAGGACAGUAGCGGCGGCAACCCCUUUUACAGCACCACGGCCGAGUCCCGCUCGGCCUCGGAGGAGGAGGACGACGACGGCGAGGCGGCGGCGGCGGCGCGCCGGACUCCGGCCGAGGGGGGACGCAACCACCGGAGCAGGACCGGGGGACGCGGCGGCUCCAAGGCGGAGCAGCAGGAGCAAGUGCAGGGCGGCUCGGAGGCGACUUGUCCCGGCCCCCUCGAGCCCCUGCAGAAGGAGGAGGAGGAGGAGGAGGACAAGAGGGGCUGGAGCCCCAGUCUGAGGAACACGCCGACUCCUUCUUUCCAGGAUAGCAGCGGCCCUACUCGCAAAAUGCCUCCAACUGCCAGUGCCAUGGACUUCUUCCAACUCUUUGUCCCCGACAACAUACUAAAGAACAUGGUGGUGCAAACAAAUAUGUAUGCCAAGAAGUACCAAGAGCGGUUUGGGAGUGAUGAUGCCUGGAUUGAUGUCACCCUGACAGAAAUUAAGGCUUUCCUCGCAUACAUGAUAUCCACAAGCACUCACCACUGCGAGUCUGUCCUUAGCAUCUGGAGUAGUGGUUUCUAUAGCAACAAGAGCAUAGCACUGAUCAUGACCCAGCCAAGAUUUGAGAAGAUUCUCAAGUACUUCCAUAUUGUGGCCUUCCGUUCCAGUCAGACUACACACGGCCUCUACAAAAUCCAGCCUUUUCUGGACUCUCUGCAGCAGAGCUUCAACACGGCUUUUAAGCCUUCCCAAACCCAGGUGCUCCAUGAACCUCUGAUCGAUGAAGAUCCGGUAUUCAUUGCCACCUGCACAGAGCGGGAGUUACGCAAGAGGAAAAAGAGGAAAUUUAGUCUCUGGGUUCGACAGUGCUCAUCUACUGGUUUUAUAUGCCAGAUCUAUGUCCACCUGAAAGAAGGAAGUGGGACUGAAGGUCUGGAAGCUUUGAAGAACAAGACCCAACUCCACAGCAUGGUGGCCAAGAGCCUUUGCCAGAAUGCUGCAGGGAAAAACUACAUCAUCUUCACAGGCCCCAGCAUCACCAGUCUGAAUCUCUUUGAGGAGUUUGAGAAGCAAGAGAUUUAUUGCUGUGGGUUGCUAAGUGCAAGAAAAAGUGACUGCACGGGCCUGCCUCCAUCUAUGCUAAACAACUCAGAUGCUCCUCAAUCUCGAGGACAAUACAGGAUAAAGAUGAAAGGAAACAUGUCCUUGAUCUGCUGGUACAAUAAAGGCUAUUUUCGGUUUUUGACCAAUGCUUAUUCUCCAGUUCAACAAGGUGUUAUAAUUAAGAGGAAAAGUGGAGAGAUCCCCUGCCCGCUGGCAGUAGAAGCUUUCGCUGCUCAUCUUAGUUAUAUUUGCAAAUAUGAUGACAAAUACAGCAAGUAUUUCAUUUCUCAUAAACCCAACAAGACCUGGCAGCAAGUGUUCUGGUUCGCCAUCAGCAUUGCCAUCAACAAUGCCUACAUCCUGUACAAAAUGUCCGACGCCUAUCACGUGAAAAAGUACAGCCGAGUGCAGUUCGGUGAGAGGCUUGUCAAGGAGCUGCUGGGCUUGGAGGAGACGUCGCCUUGUCAUUGAUGCAUUGUGCCGUGUGGCUUCGGUCAGGAGUGGAGAGCGGAAGAGGGCCAGGAGAAGGAGGAGGAGGAGACGACUCUGGAAUGCCAAAAUGGGGGGACUUGCACAUCGCACCAACUGUGCGUGGUCCCAUGUGACAAAAUGACCCGGGAAGUCACUUGAGUGUUGGGGGCUUUGUCAACAGCCCUGAUGAUGGGCCCUAACGAGAGCACCAUAUGACAGCUGCGCAUGUGGAUGCGCUUAGGGCACUUGUGCAUCAGAAGUGAAUUUACGUUAGUAGCUCUUUCUUAAUUCUAUUUCUCAA